UGGCAAGUAAGCUGAAUAAAAACAGUAAAUUGAGUCUCCCCACAUACCCCUUAAAUACACACCAAAUCCAAGUGUGAAGCUAAUAAGUGUACAAGUCAUGCGGCGAUCUACAACCGAAAGUUAGCCGGCGCUCCAAAUUAAGAGAUCAUUUCCUUUUAAAAAAAUUAACUUUACUAGGGAUUACCCAGUAAUCGCAUACAAAUUUUAACUUGGAGAGAGCUUUUUUGAGCCCACAGAUACAUAGGUAAAGGGAAGGAAAGGAGUCAUGGGAAAGAACUUCUACGAGAUACUGGGAAUCGGUCGCAAUGCCAGCGACGAUGAGAUCAAGAAGGCGUAUCGCAAGUUGGCGCUGCGCUACCAUCCGGACAAGAACAAGAACGUCCAGGCCGAGGAGCGGUUCAAGGAGGUGGCCGAGGCGUACGAGGUGCUGUCGGACAAGAAGAAGCGCGACCUGUACGACCAGUUCGGCGAGGAGGGUCUGCGACGUGGCCCAGCGGACCAGCGGAGCGAUGCCGCCGAGAGUUUCGGCUACCAAUUCCACGGCGAUCCGCGCGCCACCUUUGCCCAGUUCUUUGGCUCCAGCGAUCCGUUCUCCAUGUUCUUCGAGGACAUGAAACACAUCUUCAUGCCCGACGACGACGACUUUCCGUCGGGCAGGGACAGACGGCCACAGGAUCCGCCCAUCGAGCACGAGCUGUACGUUGGACUGGAGGACAUCGCCAGUGGGUGCACCAAGCGCAUGAAGAUCUCCCGGCUGGCGGUCUCGCCCAACGGCCUGGCGGUCCGCGAGGACAAGGUGCUCAUCAUCGAGAUACGUCCGGGCUGGAAGUCCGGCACCAAAAUCACCUUUCGCAAGGAGGGCGACCAGCUGCCCAAUCGCGUGCCCGCCGAUCUCGUCUUUAUCAUCCGGGACAAGCCGCAUUCGGUCUUCCGUCGCGACGGCAGCGACCUGCUCUACACGGCCCACAUCACGCUGAAGCAGGCGCUGUGCGGACACCACCUGGUCGUGCCGACGCUGCAGGGCGAACCACUGACGCUCUCCACCCACGGCGAGGUGAUCCAUCCGCACUCCACGCGUCGCUUGCCGGGCCACGGACUGCCCUCUCCCAAGGACCAGUCGCAUCGCGGCGCCAUCGUGAUCAGCUUCGCCAUUAAGUUUCCGGAAACGAUACCCAAGCAGCUGACCUCCUCGCUGGCCCGCCUCUUGCCCAACUGAUCCGAUUUGCCAAACGCGGCCACAACAUUGAGAUUGGUUAAAGUGUAGAAUAAAUUAUCGAAUGGGGA